AUGGCACAAGGUGGCUGCACGUGCGGCAAUGUCCGCUAUAGCGUUGAGGGGGAGCCUGUUGUGAAAGCUCUUUGCCAUUGCCUUGACUGCCGAAAGAUUUCUGGAAGUACAUACAGCACCAAUGCUCUGUAUCCUGAGGGAGGCUUUAAGCUGCUCUCCGGUAGCCCGAAGACUCAUGCCAAGACCGCUGACGGGGGGAACACGAUCACCAGCUUCUUCUGUGGGGAUUGCGGGUCGACCAUGUGGCGUGAGGGACUAUCCUUCAAGGGCCUGAAGGUUAUCAAGGUUGGAACGUUGGAUGACAUCAACGCUUUAGCUAAUGCGAAGCCUGACGUCGAGUUGUUCGCUCCUACUCGCGUGGAGUGGGUCGCCGCCAUUGCGAAUGCCAAGCAGGCCCAAGGCAUGUCUUGA